CGAGCCCGCCGGGACCUAACCCUUGUGGCACUCCCUCGCUACCAGUUGAGCUACACCCACCGCUAAUCCUCAAAUAGUAAUUUCUUUGUAUGUAUAUAUAUAGUGUAUUAUAGUCCUUAUAUAUAUCUUUGGUAGUAUCGGUGGCCCUUAACUUAUUCGAAGGCAAAUAAUAUUAUCCUCAACGAACCGACUCGACCCCUACGUAGGUACUUCUUAUCUCCCAGCCGUUUCCACGAUCUCUUCCCCCUCGUCAACCGCCUACAAACUUCCAUUCUUCCCAUCCCCUGCCCACACGUACUCCCCCUCCCAUAAUCCCCCGGCCCCACCGUCACGUGAUCAUCAUUCCCUAUAUCUCCACGUCCUGCUCCACUAUUUAACCCCCGCCCUUUUUCUCUCAUUUUCAUUCUCCAUCUCCGUAUAUACAAACUGAAAUCCAGGCGUAGCUAAGGGUGAGGAUGCCUAGCUGAUUUCAGACUUCCAGCAUGCAAAAUCUGAUAGGCAGGGAUGCUCGACUUAAGUGGAGCAUGGAGCACAAGUACCUCACAAAACAAAAAGAAAAAGCAAAAAAGCAAAAAAAAAAAAACUUUUACCACAUUGAUUAACUACUUUGACCUGAACAAAGUUCAAAAUUCCAGGAGCAACUGCAUGCACUUGACACAUUACCACCGACUGAGAAGAAUACAGAGAGAUAUAUAUAUACACUUGAAAGACUGAAAGAAACUGAUCGAAGAUGGUCGCUCCGGAUUCAGAAAUGGUGUCUCAAAGCGAGGUGGAAUCCGCAUUGCAGCUGCAACCAGCAGGUCAUCAUCAGAAUAAGAACAACAAUACUGGGUAUGCAUCAUCAUCACUAGGCAGGCAGUCCUCCAUAUACUCUCUCACGCUUGAUGAGUUCCAGCACACUCUCUGCGAAAGCGGCAAGAACUUCGGGUCUAUGAACAUGGACGAGUUCCUCAACAGCAUUUGGACUGCCGAAGAGAACCAAGCGCAUACUCAUGGCCCUCCACCAGCAGACGCCUCUAACGAUGUCAUGAUGCAUAAUUUCGUGCUCGGCGAUCAUCACCAUACUAAUACUUCUAAUAAUAAUAAUAAUGUUCCCGUGGUUGACAAAUGUACAACCACCGCAAUGCAUCCAGGCUUAGCCCUGGCAAGGCAAGGCUCCCUCACGCUCCCGGAGCCGUUGUGCCGGAAGACCGUGGAUGAAGUGUGGGCCGAGAUUCACCAGCAGCGCAGCGAUGGGAAGUUCCAGAACAAUCAGGCAGCAUCCGGUUCGAACGCACAGAGGCAGGUUACGUUUGGAGAAAUGACGCUAGAGGAUUUCUUGGUCCGAGCUGGUGUGGUGCGGGAGCAGCAGGGGUUUGCUCCCGCCCCACUUCCACCCUCAUCCCACCAUCAACCGCAACAAUAUGUGACGUACCAGAACAGCAACAAUAACCCCGUAGCCAUGGGUGCACCUUAUGUGGCCCCGCGAUCCGUCACGGGCUUAUGUGGUGGCGGUGUUGGUGGGGGAGUUGGUGUCCCUACACCUUACCAGACACUUCCACAGCAGCCAGCACCAGUGACUGUUUAUGGAGGGGCAAUGGGGAACCCAUGUAGUGCUGGUGUCGGGUAUGGGCACGUGCAAGGAGGACCCGUUGGGUUGGGCUCACCGAUGAGUCCGAUUUCUCCUGACGGGCUGUGCAUGAAUACCCAAGGGGCUGACGGAGGAAGCCACUAUGGAUUAGAGGCUGCGGCCGGGAUGAGAGGAGGAGGGAGGAAGCGAAUCAUAGAUGGGCCAGUGGAGAAGGUGGUAGAGCGGCGACAGAGAAGGAUGAUCAAGAAUAGAGAAUCUGCAGCUAGAUCCCGAGCCAGAAAGCAAGCUUACACAGUUGAACUGGAAGCAGAACUGAAUCAGCUGAAAGAAGAAAAUUCCAACCUCAAACAAACCGUGGUAUGCACCGUGUGAUACAGAGUAUGUACGUUAAAUCUGUUGAGUCCAUGCAAUAAAAAUACUAAGUUUGUUCUGUUUUUGUGUUUCACAUCAAAGUGUGAUCUAACGGCAAAGUUGGAGAGGAAAAAGAAUGAAGAGGUAAAUGAAUAGUCAUAAUUUAGCAGCACUCACAUCUGAUCUAUUCUACAUUUACUCAGUUCAUUAAUUAAGUAAUUCCGCGGCGAGAAGUAAUAUAGAAGGUGUUCAAUAUUUCGAGUUUCAGAGUUUAGAGGAAAUGAAAUCAAAAGCAUGCACAAAAGCGGAAAAGGCGGCAGAGAAACUGAGGAUGGUUAGGAGGAGCACGAGCUGCGCUGCUGCACUUCUUCGAGCCAUCUGAUCAUAUUUGCACACCCAAUUUUGUGAACUUAUACAUACAUAAUAUACCUAGACAUAUAUACAUACAUAAAUGGUUGGGAAAUAUACUUUGGUAGGAGAAUAGAGUUAUCUUUUAUCUGUAUUCUGUAAUAUAGACUAUUUCAGUUAUGAUACUUGAUUGAUAGGAAAUGACAUUAGGAAAAACUGCUUGCUAUUAUUUCAGCAUGACUGCCUG